GACUCCGAUUCCAGUUCCAGCACGAGCCAAACAACCCUACGUGUCAGUCUCAUGCGUCGGUGUAAAUACAGAGUUUUUUAAAUCUGCGGCGUGCAAUUCUCGCCAAAUCUCGCAGCAGCAACAGCGCCAACCCCGCCCCCUUGACCGGCCGCCUCCUCGACGGCGACCAUUGAUCGAAAUUCGACGGGGGACCAGCUAUUAAAGCGAUAACUUCACUCCGACAGCAACAUCAGCUGGAGCCGUCGGAGAAAAAGUGCAAGGGAAAGCGGAAAGGAAAGGCCAGUGCCAGUGCCAGACAAACUACUAUAUAUAUUAUAGUCGUCGCUAUCGGAGAUGGCGGGUCAAAAGUUCCAGUACGAUGAGAGUGGCGGAACGUUUUACUACUUUGUGUUAUCGUUUCUGGCGCUAAUAUUGAUACCGACCACAAUUUACUAUUGGCCACGUAAAAAGAAAGAAGAUCACGGCAAGCUAAAGGAGGAAUGCCAGUGCGCCGACUGCCUCAAAAAGAAGACCAUCCUGGCGAAUGCCGAGCCGUACAGAGCGCUGACCUCAUGGACCAUCAAGCUGACCAUCGUGCUGGGCUGGGCCCUGCUGCUCUUCCUCACGUACCGCGUCUCGCAGUUCGACUACGAGAUGGCCAGCUUCGAUCCCUUCGCGAUCCUGAACGUGCCGCCGACCUCGUCGCAGGCGGAGAUCAAGAAGGCCUACUACCGGCUGUCGAAGGUCCUGCAUCCGGACAAGGAGACUGGUGACGAAAAGUCCUUCAUGAUGCUGAGCAAGGCCUAUCAGGCCCUCACUGACGACGUGGCCAAGGAGAACUACGAGAAGUACGGCAAUCCCGAUGGCCCGGGUGCCAUGUCCUUCGGCAUCGCCCUGCCCUCCUGGAUUGUCGAGAAGGAGAACAGCGUUUGGGUCCUGGGCCUGUACGGGCUGGUCUUCAUGGUGGCCAUGCCCUCGGCGGUGGGCGUUUGGUGGUACCGAUCCAUUCGCUUCAGCGGCGACAAGGUCCUGCUGGACACCACCCAAAUGUACUUCUACUUCAUCCACAAGACGCCGCACAUGCUGCUCAAGCGGGCACUCAUGGUCCUGGCGGCCAGUUUGGAGUUCGACAAGCGGCACAACUCGCAGGUGCAGGAGCGGCAGUCUGACAACGACGAGGUGCCAGCGCUCAUCCGGCAGUUGCCCAAUCUGAACGAGAAGUGCAAGGAGCACCCGCUCUGCCGCAUGUACUCCAUCAAGGCCCGCGCCAUUCUGCACGCCCACCUGGGCCGAAUGCCCCUGAACCCCGAAACGCUGGAGCGCGACCGCCAGUUCAUCGUGAAGAAGUGCCCGUACCUGGUGCAGGAAAUGGUCUCGUGCGUCCACCAACUGGUCAUGAUGGCCUACGCGCGGCGAGUGCCCCGCCUGCCCAGCAUCGAAACGAUCGAGAACUGCAUGAAGAUGUCGCCGAUGAUCAUCCAGGGCCUGUGGGAGUUCAAGUCGCCGCUGCUGCAGCUGCCGCACCUCACCGAGGACCACCUGUACUUCAUGAACAAGAAGCGGCACGUGAAGAACCUGCAGCAGUUCGCCCAACUGAAGCCGGAGGAGAGCCGCCAGCUGCUGAAGAACCUCUCGGACUUCGAGUACGAGAACACCAUGAAGGUGCUGGGCAAGAUGCCGCUGAUCGACUUCUCCAUUCGCUGCGAGGUGAUCGACGACGAGAACACCAAUGUGGUGACAGCCGGUGCAAUAGUUACGGUCACGGUUACGCUGGAGCGCAAGGACAUGAAGACGCUGUUCGGGGACACCAAGGCGCCCGAGAAGCAGGGCAUCAAGGACGAGGCCAACGAAGAGGCUGCUGGCGACGAGGAUGAAGCUGCGGCCGCAGCCGCCGCCGCUGUGCCGGCCAAGAAGGCCUCCGCCUGGGCAAAGCCACGCAAGGGAGGCAAGGGCAAGGGUGGCAAGAAGCCGGCCCAGAAUCAGAAGAACCAGAAGAAGGCCUCCGCCAAGGCGGCGCCCACGUCCACAACGGCAGCGGCUUCGGAGGAUCAGGCGACGAAUAACUCGGACGCCGAGUCGGAGGGCGGCAAUGCGGAGGGCAGCGACGUGGACUCGGCCGCCGGCAGUGGCAGCGAGGACGAGGAGAAGGGCAAGAACAACUCCUCGCUGGACGACGACGACGACGAGGAGUGGGAGCGACUGCAGGCCAAGCUCAACAAGCGGGAGCGCCUCGAGGGCAAGUCCCGGCUGUCGCACACCGUCCACUGCCCCUACUUCCCCGAGGAGAAGCAGGAGUACUGGUGGACCUACAUCUGCGACCGCAAGUCGCGCACCCUCCUCACGGCGCCCUACCACGUGACCAAUCUGGUCGAGAAGGAGGAGAUCCAGCUCAAGUUCACCGCGCCACGCUGGCCCGGCGUCUACACCUUCACCGUCUGCCUGAGAUCGGACUCCUAUCUGGGCAUGGACCAGCAGCAGGAGCUGAAGUUGGAUGUGCAAAAGGCGCCCGCACCACCGACGGAUCAUCCCCAGUGGGAUCUCAGCGAAUCGGAGCCGGAGCACAACGACCAGCAGGAGAACCUUAGUGACUACACCACAGACACGUCCGACGAGGAGGACAGCGACUAGAUGCGGAUACAGAUACGCAUUCGGAUCCGGAUCGAUUGAUCGACGGAAGGAUAUGGACGUCCCGCCCAAACCCCAAUCAACCUCAACCUCCUCUCUACUUCUCUGGGACGACGGAAGAAAGGCCUCCUUGUUUUCCUUUUAGUAAAUGAGUUUCGCGUGGCGGAGGAGGCACCCCAAUGCGACCCUUCCUUCGCAUUUUUACUAGUUUUGUAAUGGAAAAGACCCCGAACUAGUGCGUAAAUAACUAUAACUUCAUUUUACCGUGUACUGUACUAAACAUAAUUAUAACGUACUGUAUAUUUAAUUAUUUGGAUACAAGAACUAAAAGUGAGACACGUAAAUACAAAAGUCUAUUGAUAUUA